UCCAGCUGAUGGGCAGUAAUGUUAAGAGGAGAUGACCAGGCAGAUCAAGAUGCAGAAGUCAAAUAUGUUAAUAUAUUACAUUACAUUAUAUGCCUUAAAGGAUAUAAUUAUAUAAGUUUGCACCCAUCUUUCACACUACUAAGUAACACUGUGGGGGGAAAAAAACUUGCCCAUCCCCUUUAUUAGUAGGAGGCAGGUUAUUGGUUGGAUGCACUUGCAGCAUUCGUUGUUAUAAUUCGAACACCUGCAGGUAUGUAAGAAUAUAAAGUAGUGGAUCCAGAGCUGAAGUCUGAGGAAGUUACAGUUGGACAACAGAAAAUUACUAAAAGUAGAACAGAAUGGAAAGGUGCUUUUUCUUCGUCAUCGUCUUUUCUCCGAUAUCUGCCAUUUCAGCCUGCAGUUCUUAUGUGGACGUUACAAAGACCGAAUCAACAGGGGUGGAGGCGUCCCACGAGCUGGCGGAGAAGGACCUGAACAGGACGAACAAGUACACAGAUUUCAUCAUAAAAGUUGCGAGGAGUCGUCAGAAAGGCCCAGUUGUGAUCUCCAGUUCCAUUUCCCGUGAGUCCAGAGCCGGGUCCCCACCGGUUCUGACAAACGGCUGGAGUCUUGGACUGAAGCAGGCUGACGAGCAGUUCCACACACCAGAGGGACAGUGGAAUAGCGAGCAGCACAACUGUCAAGGCACUGAACUUCUGGUUGAGUUCAUCAAGAAGAUCCAGAACAAAUUCCCAUCCAGGUCCAAGGAACAACAAUCAAAAGGUGCAGUGAGCAGUGAUACCACAGACAGCAAAAUAACGAAGCACAGGAUCAGGUGGUUCAAUCUGGCUUCUGACCGUGGGACUGGACAUAGGGAACGCGACAGGUCACCUACAACUGCACCAGCUCCUGCAGUGCUGAAGAACUCUGACACAGGGUGAAAUGCAAUCAAUAAAGUUUUUUAUUUAAACCUUGUAAGACAUGCAUGGAUUUAAUUAAAUUUUUUUUAUUCUGAUCUCACUUUUACUACAAUGCAAUGCAAGUUUCAAAACAGUUUAAUAGUGUGUUUCUCUUGCAUUACCGUCAGGCAGGUAAAUAUUUCUUUGAAAGGUUAAUAAUAAGAUAUUUAUGAUUAAGAAAACAAGACGAAUGUAUAUACAAUAAAAUAAAAUGACUGGAAAAAUGCA